AGCAAUUCCCCCCCGCUGCGGGUGCCACGACUGAUUGCAGGAGGUUUCGCGAUGGUGUGAACACAGAUUUAUUUGACAAAUAUCCCCGGAUAAUGCAUAUCUUUAAAGUAGAACAGUUUUGAACUGAAGAUCUACAGUAGGCACAUUAAAGAAAUAUCGUAAUGCGUGACACAAGUUUACUAAUUCACGUAAAAGACAUUUGUCAUUGGAUCUUUUAAAUUAAAACCGGAUCGGGCCUUGAGUCGCUCUUUAGUCUGGCAACAAGACGAUCUCUGUUCGGUUGAUAUGGCCGUCGUUGAGGAAUUUGAUUAUUUAUGUCGUCUAUGUGCGACUAAAACGGGCAUUCUAAUGGGAUUACCGAUUUUCGAAGCCGGCGAUCAAAUGCGCAACAUUGACAAGAAAAUAGCCGCGUGUUUGCCAGUACAGGUAAAAUCAUGCGUAAAGAUAGAGGUAUCUAUGACUGAUCAAUUACCAAAAGUAGUGUGCGAGGAAUGUGCUUAUAAAUUGGACCAAUUAUUUGAUUUUCGUGAAAAAUGUUUACACACUGAAGGGAUGUUUAUGGAAAUGCUAAAAGAAAUUGCCAAGGGAGAAGUUGUUCGUAUAUCGAAGCAGGAUUUAGAAGAAGUAGAAGAAAUGAAUAGAAUUCAAAGGAAUAUCGAUAGAAUACAGAAUAAUAUUGAAAAUGUACAAAAUCAUGUAAAUUCUCAAGAAACAGAAGAAACUGCUAUACAUACCAUGCAAGUCAUGGAUGAAAUAGACUUAGCAGGUGGUGAACAGGUUGUCACGCAAGAAGAAAUUGGACAACAGGAUACCGAUAUUGAAGUCACAGGUAUCGACUGUUUAGAUGGAGAUACUGUCAGAAUGGUGGAUGAACAUAUACGAGAAGUUUCUAAUCACCAGAUAGCAAUGCAUCUGGAGGGAGAUAUGACUGUAGUUGGAAACUUAACAGUUAGUGGUCACUUGAGUCAGUUAGGAAUAAAUUAUGUAACUUCAAUAAAUCCUGAGGAUCAAAGUCGUGAACAAAUAGUACAUUAUUGUGAUAAUGUAAAAUACGAAUCUGUACCAAUUAAACAAGAGUAUCAUAGGUUGCACGAUAGAUUGACUACAGAAAAUCCUACGAAUAUACUUGAAAAUAAUGUACCACAUGAAAGUUUUUCUUCUGCUCAACAAGAGACUACAAAUGAUCUGGAAGAAUCGCGUAUAGUUGAAAGUGAAACUCCCGUACAUACAGCUUCUCAAACAAAUACUUUGGCAUCAACAAGUCAAGUAACAGCGGGAAAUCCCGAAAUUUUAGUUGAAUAUACAAAAGAAGCGAAAAAUGCAUUAUUAGAAACGACAUUAAAUAAUCCUACCGUUGACGAAACAGGUUCACACUGGUACGUGUGCCCAUUUUGUAACGAAGCAACGUUAGGAUCGAGUAAUAUGAUAGCACAUUUUGAACAGUACUUUUGUUACUGUCCCUGUGAAUUGUAUUUUACAAGUGUGGAUGCGCUAAAUGUACAUAAAGAGGGAUGUGAUGUACAUAAAAAUAAGGUAGUCAGUAAUGGAAAAGAGGUCACAGAACCAGAAUUAACGCCUUCACAAAACGAUACGAGUAUAGAGGAGAAAAAGCAAGCAACAAUGAGACAAAAGUGGACUCCAAAAGUUUGUACCCACUGUGGCAAACAAUAUAGGACGAAUUAUAAAUUGCAAGAGCACAUGAGAAAACAUACUGGUGAAAAACCUUUUCAGUGCGUCACUUGUGAAAAAGCAUUUCGUAGUAAAAUAGGGCUUGCACAACAUACGGCCACGCAUACAGGACAAUUUGAUUACAAUUGUUCCACGUGUGGCAAAGGUUUCCAGUCUAAAAGCUAUCUUGUCCUUCACCAAAGAGUACAUUCAGAUUUAAAACCCUUCCCGUGUAAUACAUGCGGACAACAUUUUAAAACGAAACAAUCCUUGUUAGAUCAUCAGAACAGGCAUCUCGGUGUUAAACCUUAUGUCUGUGAGAUAUGUGGUAGAGGUUUUAUAACUAAAGGACUCUGUAAAAGUCAUCAAAAAAUACAUUCAGGCAUGGAUAACCGGCAGUAUCCAUGCGUGGUAUGUAAUAAAAUGUUUGUUAGUAAAAGUUACCUUAACACGCAUCUACGUAUUCAUACUGGUGAGAAACCUUAUUUAUGUGAAGUUUGUGGUAAAGGAUUUUUAACUCGAGUUGAUCUCAAAAUUCAUUCAACCAUGCACACUGGAGAGAAGAGUUUUAAAUGCGACAUGUGUGGAAAAGUGUUUGCCAGAAGAGCUGCGUUGAGGUGUCAUAGAAGGUUGCAUACAGGAGAACGACCUUAUAGAUGUGACGUGUGUGGUAAAACCUUUACACAAUUCACUCCUAUGGCUAUCCAUAAAAGAUUACACACCGGGGAACGACCUUACGAAUGCGAUGCCUGUUCUAAGACCUUCGUGUCGAGAUCAACAAUGAUGUGUCACAAAAAGAAACAUCAUAAUACACCAACCGUGCAAAAGGACGAUACGGUUCCUCGUCAAAAUGAAAUAAAAAAUAUCCUACCAGCUGAAAUUGUACUUCGAGAUUCCCAAGAGGGAAUUCAGAUUACCGCCGAUUGAAAUUUACGAAAACAAAGAACGCACGACAGGAACUAAGAUAUCGAGUCUGCAUUUUAUAAAGCGGCAUUAGUCACCACGAUGUAUUCCUUUAUUGUAGCGUAUAUGUUGAAAUUAUAUACAAAGAAUAUAUUUUGGAAAAUUCUUUGCAAAAAUUAAUGUUUUUUAAAGUCACUUAUACAUAGAGUCUAAAACAAAUUGUACAAUCAUUUACAUUAUCAUUUCUUUUUUUUUACAUCGGUAUAGGUAAAUAUUUUACCGAAUUAUAUGAAGUAUUUUUAAACAAUUUAUUUUAUUUUAUUUAUAGUCUUACGUAUUUUGGAGAUAAAUGAUUUCUAUUGAUCAAGAUAUAAGAUAAUUGUCAACUUUAUGUUAACAGAAUGGUGAAUAAUAUUAUUCAUAACCUAUUUCAGUCCAUAUAUUAUAGGAACUGGUUUCUGGCUUGUAAUAAUAUAUUUAUCUAAUGACGCGUAUUAAAAUGGAUUCUGAAAAUCCUUAACAUAUUGUAAAAACUUAAAAAAGAUGCUAUACGCAAGUUAUUCAAAUUUACGAUCACACCAUAUAUUUAUACAUAUGUAAUUUUAAUGAAGUGCUCGUAUUAAUCAACAAUGAUAUAUUUAAAAAAAAUCGAAACGAAUAAUUUAUAACUUAUUUUUUAACGUGUUUGUAAAAAAUCAAUGCAUAUUGUUAAUAAAAUAACAUGGACGUUAUUUAUUUAAAAACAUGUUGAAAUAUGUUGUGAAAUAUUCUUUUUAUUAUGUGGACAUACGAGAAUUCAUAUUUUGCAUUCUGUGUGCACUAAAAAUUGUUAUGAAAACCUCUGAUAAAAAAGAAGAUGCAACAUUUAUUAUCUAUAAUACAAAAUAUGAUUAUUAUAAUCAAAAAAGUGAAAAUAUUUUCAUAUCAAUCCUAGCAAAUCAUUGAAAAAUUAUUUGAUAAGUAAAAGGCUGAUAGCUACUUCUAUUGCAAGGGAGUGCUACGAAAUGGUGAUUGUAUUUCAUUAAUGACAUAAUUUUUUUAAAUAAACAGAAGAAUAGAAUUACAUAUGAUCACUGCUAUCACAGUGUAUAUUUCUGUGGCAUCUCAUUGGCAAUGCUCUUUCAAACAGCUUUCAGCACUAUACACAGUAGAAAUUGUGAUAUAUUAUAUUAAUAAAGUGAUUACAUCAUUUAUAAAAU